UGCAUAUGCAGAAGCUUUUGCAUGCAGAUGCCUUUGAUCUUUGCAAGAAGUUACCAUGCCUUUGCUUUAUCCCCUCCUCCCCCUUCCCCUGCUGCUGCUAGCUAGGAACCUCCUGCAAGAUCACAACAUGGCUUUUCCUUUUUUUCCUCCCCCUCUAAAUCCACCUUUAUUCUCUCCCCCCUCCCAAACCUCACUCUUAAAAGAAGCCGAUCGAUUCCCCUUCUGAUCCCUCAUCAAACACACUCUCUCACACAUUCACAUCCUCUCUCUACAGCCCCUUCUCUCUCUCUCUCUAACACACAGAGACGCUACUUGAUCAUAUUCAGAUGUGAUAAGUAAUAUACUAGAAGCUUGUAGCAGCUACUGCUAAUAAUAGUGCAAGCUCCAACACGAACACACAUAUACUUGCACUAGUGUCUAGUGAUCCUAGUGCAACGUCUGAGCUCGUCGGCAGCAUGGCGUCUUCGCCCUCCGACCUAACCCUAGACUACAAGCCCAACGGCAACGGCGGUGGCGGCGGCGGCACGUACGCGGUGAUCCCGAAGCAGCAGGAGCCGCUCGUCGACGGCCACCAUCUGACGACGACGGAGCAGACGACGCAGAAGCUCCGGGAGUUCCUCGCCCGCCUGGAGGAGGAGCGGCUCAAGAUCGACGCCUUCAAGCGCGAGCUCCCCUUGUGCAUGCAUCUUCUCAACUACGCCAUGGAGGCGUACAGGCAGCAGCUGGAGGCGUACCAGAUGGGGAGCCUGCAGGGCGCGCCGGCGAGGCCGCUGGUGCUGGAGGAGUUCAUACCGCUCAAGAACAUCGGGAUGGACGCCGCCGCCGACAAGAUGAGGAACGCGCCGUCGGAGAAGGCGAGCUGGAUGGAGUCGGCGCAGCUCUGGAACGGGCCAGGCGCGGCGGCGGCGCCAGCGGACACCGCGGCGAAGGGCCCGCAGACGCCCAAGGAGAGCUCGGAGCACCCGCUGCCGAUCGACACGCUCGGCGCGCUCGACGCCGGCGCGGGGCUGCGCAACGGCGGCGCGUUCCUCCCGUUCGGCAAGGACAAGGCCGCCGCGGAAGGCGCGGCGCUGCUGGAGAUCGCCCUCGCCCCCGCGGAGAAAGACGCGGGCGAGGCCGACAGGAAGCCGUACCUUGACGCCGCCGGAGCCAACGGUGGCCUCGGCGCGCGGAGAGACCUCCAGAACGGGGCGAAGCCGGCGUCGAACGGGCCGGACGGGCAGGCGCCGCCGCACCCGCCGCAGCCCCACCGGAAGGCCCGGCGGUGCUGGUCGCCGGAGCUGCACCGCCGCUUCGUCAAUGCCCUCCAGAUCCUCGGCGGCGCCCAAGUGGCGACCCCGAAGCAGAUCCGCGAGCUGAUGAAGGUGGAUGGAUUGACCAAUGAUGAGGUGAAAAGCCAUCUCCAGAAGUACAGGCUGCACACGCGGCGGCCGAUGCCGCCGCCGCCGGCGCCGGCGACCGCGGCGCCGCAGCUGGUGGUGCUCGGGGGCAUUUGGGUCCCGCCGGAGUACGCGACGCAGGCGGCGGGCCAGGCCAUCUACGGCGCGCACCCGGCGACGCAGCCGCACUACACGGCGGCUGUGGCGGCGGCGGCGGCGCAGGAGUACUACCCGCCGCACGCGGCGGUGCACCACCUGCAGCACCACCCGGGCGCCAUGACGAUGCACCGCGCGGCCGCGCCACCGCCGACGCCGCAGGCCGCGUACAAGGCGGCCAUGGCGAGCUCGCCGCCGGAGUCGUCCGAGGGCCGCGGCAGCGCGGGGGGAGGCAGCGCCGGCGGGAGGGAGAGGUCCGAGAGCAUCGAUGAGGAGGACGAGGGCGAGGACCGGGAGGACGACGAUGACGACGACGACGUGCCGGCCGCCAAGCCCGCCGGCGAGGAAUCCGCCGGCGCCGCGGCGAUCAAGUACUGAUCAAGAAUUUAACUAGCGUGCGCCGUGCCCUACAACUCCAUUACUGAAUAGUAGUAGCUAGCUUGAUCAAUAUUAGCUCCGGGAUUUGGAUUUUUCUAAAAGUCUGUGCUGUUGCAUCAUCGGGAAAGUGGAUUUUUGUUCGCGCCCGCGCGGGGAGCGAACGCCGCCGAUCGAUCUGAACUCACUCUACUCCACUCGACAUGCGGAGUGGAGCGGAGUGUCCGAGAUUGUCUCAUUCGUGAUGUGAUAUAUGAGCGGGGGGGCUUUUCUUUACUUUUGGGUCUCUCGAUCUUGCUUUGUGUUUUCUGCCUUUGUUUUCGUUCGAACUGGUAAAUAUACUCAGCAAUUAUAAGCUAAUGUAGUCAGCAAUGUAAGCUUGUUGUUGGGUCUGGAGAUAAUUGGGACAAUUGGAUUGGACUCUAAUAUGUGAUCAUUUGAUUGUUAUGCUUGUACCCUAGCUAGCAUUAUGAUAAGCACAUUAUAUUGAGGACCUCUGGGUAACGCAAGCUAAGAUUGCAGUUC